AUGUUGAAGCUAUUGGCUCUCUUUUCAGUUGCUGCUGUAGCCGCAACCGCAGCUCCACAGUAUAACAAUGCUAGCGCAUCUGGUAGCUGGUACGCUGACAUGGAUCAUACGGGCGACUUCAGAGGCAUAGCCCCUUAUGUCGGUGAAUCUUACGAAGUGUUCAAGACGGUUGUUGCUGGUGACGGCAAAGCCAUACAGGAUGCUAUCGACUCAGGCAAUCGUCACAAGCAGUGGCUCGCCUCGGAACCGCGGGUUGUCUAUCUUCCUUCUGGUACGUACGAAGUUGACAGUACCAUCACGCUUCGAACGGAUACCAUCCUCAUGGGGAAUCCUGUCGACCCUCCCAUCAUCAAACCUGCCGCUGGCUUUAAAGACCACUUUCUCGUCAAUGGAACAGAUCCAUCCGUUGGUGUAUCCGGUGAGAUUUCGUUUGCUGUUGGCGUGAAGAAUAUAAUUCUCGAUACCACUGCUAUUGAUGCCACUAGUGACUUCACUGCCCUGUAUUGGGGUGUUGCUCAGGUUUGUCAAUUGCAAAACAUCCACAUCAAGAUGCCGGCAGCUGGGAAGGAUUCUGGACACUCAGGCAUCAGACUUGGACGUGGCUCUACCCUCGGUCUUGCAGAUAUUACCGUUGAAAACGGCAUGAACGGCAUCUGGCAUGACGGGCACCAACAAGCUUUCUACAAGAGUGUCAAUUUUAUCCGUAAUACGGUUGGACUACGAAUUGAUGGAGGCAACACUAUUACCGUGUUGAACCCUACAUUCGACACUGUCGGAACUCCAGUGAAGCAUAACUCGGGCGCACCGUUCGUGGGUAUCAUCGACGCCAAGUCUAUUAACUCUGGCAUUACGUUCGACUCUUCAAACUAUCCAUCGCUACUCAUCGAGAACCUUUCCAAGGAUACAGACUCUGAUGUGGUGAGAUUACCUAGUGGUGUGGCCUUGGGAAAGGCUAGCCACGUCGACACCUUCACAUACGGAAACACAGUUGGGCGUGAUCCUGUAUACGGUGGUGAAACGUCUAGCACUCCCCGACCUGCAGCUAUUGCUCCUGGUGGUCGAAUUCCUGCCGUCUCGGCUCCUACGUAUGGAGACCGACCAGUUAGUGAUUUCAUGAACAUCAAGGAUCCUAAGCAAAACGGAGGCCAAGUCAUUAAAGGCGACGGCAAGGGUAACGAGGUUGAGGCUCUGACAGCUGCGCUGAAAUACGCAGUCCAGAACAACAAGAUUGCCUACUUUCCAUUCGGAGACUAUCGCAUCGAGUCAACCCUUACUAUUCCUAUCGGUUCCCGUAUCAUUGGCGAGGCCUGGGCCUCAAUUUCAGCAGCUGGUGACUUUUUCAAGAACGCCGACGAUCCUAAACCAGUGGUACAGAUCGGCAGUCCUGGUGACGUGGGCACAAUCGAAGUGCAGGACAUGAGAUUUACUGUCGCCGAUGUGCUCCCCGGGGCCAUCAUUCUCGAGAUUAAUGCGGCUGGCAGCAAGCCCGGCGAUGUAGCCAUUUGGAACUCGGCCAUUACUGUUGGCGGCACACGGGGUGCUGAGAGCCUAACUGACAACUGCCGUGAUGCUUCGAACCCCUGCCAGGGUGCCUAUCUGGGCAUGCAUUUCACAAAGGAUUCUUCAGCCUACGUAGAGAACGUGUGGAAUUGGGUGGCUGAUCACAUCACUGAGGAGUUUGACGGUGGAUCGAGUAUUGCUGGUAAGGGUGGAGCUCUUGUUGAAUCGACAAAGGGUACGUGGCUACACGCUUUGGGCAGCGAGCAUUGGUGGCUGUACCAGCUUAACCUGCGCAAUGCAUCCAACGUGGUUGUCAGUAUGCUUCAGACAGAAACAAACUACGAGCAAGGCGCCAAAGCAGAGAAGUUGAUGCCAAGCCCAUGGAACCCCGACAAGGGAGGCUGGGGAGAUCCCGACUAUUCCUGGUGUGGUACUACCGACGGUUCUUGUCGCAUGGGUUUGUCGAAUUAUGUCAAUGGCGGAUCCAACAUCUACUAUUAUGGAUCAGCCUCGUGGGCAUUCUUUAACGGUCCUGGAUACCAGAGAUGUGAAGAUGAAAUGAACUGUCAAGAAACCAUUCACUGGAUUGAAAAGACCCCGGAGAAUUUGCAGAGUUUCGGCUGGUGUGCCAAGGCUUCCAAGGUUGCUCUGCGUUUAGGGAAUGGCGACAAGGUUAUGACUGAGCCUGACUUUAAAGGGUCUUGGGGAAGUCUUGUUGGACGUUAUACUCCGUAG